UGCCAAGAAUACCGGGAUUUUCGAGACCUUAAAAAGUCCGGCAUCCCGGGAUCCCUGUUUUAACAUUCCUAAUCUCGACCCUGCCACUACCUAACGAGUCCAUUUAUGGCAAAAAUGUUUCUUUUUUCGCGGGAAUCGCCCAUAUGUCGAUAUGCCACAGAAAAAUAUGGUUAUCUAUAAACUUAUUUCGCUAUAUUACUCAAAAACAUGAAAUUUUGGAUUGUGCCCUGAUUUGCCAGCGAUAUAUGCAUACAUCAAUAUGUAUCACAUCGUUGCGAAUUUUUUUUUGUAUUGCCUUCACUAAGCUCCAUUCACUUUUUCUGAAAUACGAGCCUAAAAAUUUAAAAGUUGGCAUGCAAUAUUUUAUGUCUAAAUACUAAUUUUGAAUAGAUCAUUGCCAAAUUUAAGUUCGAAAAAAUGCAUCAUUAUGCAGACCGUGUGUACAAUAAGUCGAACCUUAUAAUUUAGAUGCUUUUGUUUGAUCCAUUUAUUUAUGCAUUUCCAAUUGAAAUAUUUGUUAAAUAGGUGAUUUGUUGGGCGGCAGAUUGGAUUUGUAAUAUCUUUUAUGCUCUACGCAUUGUUAUUGUAAUCAUUAAAAAUAAUGCAAAUUUUUGGGGUAUUGUUAUUAUGAUUUUAUGUUUAACAAUGCUUGGUGGCUUAAUGCGUGUCGCAUAUGUUUUCGAAGUGGUAAAUGCUUUAUUUAGCCUGAGAAGCCAAACAGAAGAGGACUGUCACUUUGGUGUGACAUUCAAUUUACUGCUCGCUCAUCCCAGCGCAUCAACCGUAUAACCUAACAAAUGGAAAAUGUUUAAGUAUUCAUAUAUUUAAUGAAUGUUGGCGACUAUGUUGUUGAUUAGUAUAAAAAGCAAGGAGUGGCUGCAGUUGAUCAACAGUCAAACUCGAGUGGUCUUUACCUUAAGACAACAAUUCACUUAACCUAACUUAGCAGCAAACUAAGCAUUAAUAUGAAGAUCUUUGUGCCUCUUUCGCUGGCAUUGGCAACACUGGCAUACGCCGACAUUUCUCUACAUAACGGCUACAAUAACAAUAAUCAAUGGCAGCAUCCACCCUACAACCCUGGUUUCCAACAACCGCUAAUCAUGCACUUGCUGCAACAACAAAUGCCAGGCAGUAUUGGCAAUCCGAUGCAAAUCACCCAACCGAGUCAGCAAUAUUUACCCAUGCUACAACAACAAAGGCAACCAUUACCAGCACUGCAGCCAUUGUAUCCCGUGCCACCACAAAAGCUUGCACCCCUACCCAUGCCAGCCAAUUUCCCUGCACCAGCUGGCUUCCGAUUGCCACUCGCACCAAUUAGUAUCGCCAAACAACAACGCCGUUCACGUCAACGUGUCAAGGUCGCUAAGAAACCUAUAGUGACUAAAAGUUUCUUCAUACACACAGCACCUGAAGAUAACGAAGAUGAGUUACGCGAAGAAUUGAACCAUUUAGCCGCACAACCACGCAAACAUUAUAAUGUUCUAUUUGUGAAAACACCAGCACAGACCAGCAAGGUUGCUGCUGUAAAUCUGGCCAAGGCACUCAAAGAGGAGAAAACUGUUGUUUAUGUGCUGGCGAAGAAGACUUCUGCUACCGAUUUACAAGAGGCCAUUCAGGAGGAGCCACAGCAGAUUAACAAACCCGAAGUGUUCUUCAUCAAGUAUCGCACACCUGAGGAGGCCGCCAAUGCACAGCGUCAAAUUCAAUCGCAAUAUGACAGUUUAGGCGGCACUUCCACCAUUACCGAUGAAGGUUUAGCGCCGGUAACUUCAGUUGUGGGUUCGCUCGAUGCGCCAGAGGAGGAAGAGGACGAAGAUGAACAACAAUUGGGUCAGCAACCGUUGCUUCAGCAGCAGCAGGAUACGGCUGCGCAAUACGAGGAUCAACCUUCGAAUGCCAUCAAUCCGGCUGCUCCUCAGUACUUACCACCAGCGAAACAGUAAUAAAGAUCUCCAUUUUGUCAACGAAUGCUUAAUGUUAUUUUUUAUGAAUUUGUUGUUGCAUACCACUUAGUAUACGAAAAUAUUUACAGAGUUCAAGAAUCAGCAACAAUGCUCGAUUGUUAUUUUAGAUUUAAGUCAACAUAUGCAUUAGAUCAUUAAAUUAAAACUUUUAAACAAAAUACGCUCUUAUAUUAAACAUUAAAUACAUACAUAAAAUAUAAAAAU